ACCACCACCAUCACUAUGCUGUCGAGCGCCCAUGGUUGUCAGCAGACGUCUGCCAUGGAGGGGCUCGAGUCGAAAUCCAGCAGCAGCAGCAGGAGGAGGAGGAGGAGAGAGGAGCGGGGAGCUCUCGCUCUUCAUCACGGGGGCCCCGCGUCUCCCUGCCCCCCGCGGGCUCCGCCGAGGGGCCCUGGCAGCACCAUGCGUGCCCCGUGGGUGCUGUGGGCCCUGGCGGUGCUGGCUGAGGCCUUGCUCGGAGUCUGUGCGCGCCGCGUCCUCGAAGCUCCGAGUCGAGGACAGCGUCUGCACCCGGUGGAGGUGGUCACGUGCUCGGGGAACGUGAGCGGUGCGCACGUGGAGCGGACGCCACGCGGGGCGCAGCGCUGCUCCCCCGCGGAGCCGCGUCCCCACGGGCCCCCACCGGGUCGCCGCGACUCUAAGCCUGUGGGUGCCCGCGAGCGCGUGUUCUCGUGGAGGGAGCUCAGCCGAGGUGGGGACGCCUCCCGGCGCCAGAAGCGCGACUGGGUGAUCCCUCCCAUCAGCGUGCCCGAGAACGACAGGGGACCCUUCCCCAAGCACCUCGUCACGGUGAAGUCCGACAAGGACGGCAGCAGCGAGCUGCGCUACAGCGUGACGGGCCCCGGCUCCGACCUCCCUCCCAUCGGCGUCUUCACCAUCAACGCCAUCACGGGCCGCCUCUACGUGACGCGCUCGCUGGACCGCGAGCACAUCGCCAGCUACCAGCUGCGAGGCCACGCCGUGGACCUGAACGGCAACCAGGUGGAGAACGCGGUGGAGCUGCUCAUCCAGGUGAUCGACCAGAACGACAACAAGCCCGACUUCUCGCAGGCCGUCUACAACGGCUCCGUGCCCGAGGGCUCCCCGCCCGGGACGCCGGUGAUGCGGGUGCGGGCGGACGACGCCGACGACGCAGAGCAGCCCAACGGGAUGGUGCGCUACAAGGUGGUGUCCCAGGAGCCCGAGCGGCCCUUCCCGCACAUGUUCACCAUCAACAACGCCACGGGCCUCAUCAGCACCAUCGCCUCCGGGCUCGACCGUGAGAAGGAGCCGGUGUACAGGCUGCGCAUCCAGGCCACGGACAUGGAGGGCACCUGGUUCGGCCUCACGAGCACGGCCCUGGCGGUCAUCCACGUGAUGGACGUCAACGACAACCCACCCGAGUUCCGGACCUCCACGUUCUACGGCUACGUGCGGGAGAACGUGCGUGACGUCACGGUGGCCAACAUGAGCGUGCUGGACCUGGACGGACCCGGCACGGCCGCGUGGCGCGCCCGCUACGCCGUCCUCCGCGGAGACCCCGGCGGGCACUUUGCGGUGCACACCGACCCGCUCACCAACAACGCCAUCCUCACCGUGGUCAAGCCCGUGGAUUAUGAGGUGGACCGCCGCUUCGUGCUGCUGGUGGAGGCGAAGAACGAGGAGGAGCUGCAGGGCUCCCCGUACGCGCCCUUCUCCACGGCCACCGUCUCCGUGGCCGUGAGCGACGACAACGAGGCGCCGCGCUUCUGGCCCGAGCGGCGCACGGUGCGCGUGGCCGAGAACGUGACGCCCGGCACGGCCAUCGGGAACCUGUCGGCCCGCGACCCGGACUCGGACAUGAGGCAGACCGUGCGGUUCUCGAAGCUGAGUGACCCUGCGGGCUGGCUGUCCGUCGACGCGCUCGGAGGCCGUGUGGUGACCACGGCACCUCUGGACCGCGAGUCUCCCUUCGUCUCCUCCGGCUCCUACGUGGCCUCCUUCAUCGCCACGGACGGCGCUGGCGGCACGGGCACGGGCUCGCUGCUGUUGGAGCUCGUGGACAUGAACGACAACGCGCCGGCGCUGCUGUCGCGCGAGGCCGAGCUGUGCCUGCGUCCCCGCGCGCGCCGCUCCCUCAACCUGACGGCGACGGACGCGGACGGCGACCCCAACGGGCAGCCCUUCUCCUACGAGCUUCGCACCUCGCCCCCUGACGUGCGCCGCAACUGGACCAUCAGGCGCAUCGACGGCCGCAGCGUGGAGCUGCAGCUGCGCGUGCCGCAGCUGCCCGUGGGCCGCUACGCGGUGCCCGUGCGCGUCACCGACUCGGGGAACCCGGCCAUGAGCAACGUCUCCGUGCUGCUCGUCAAGGUCUGCGUCUGCACCGACGACGGCGAGUGCGCGCUCGUGCAGCCGCUCGUGGCCGCUCUCGGCACCGGCGCCAUCAUCGCCAUCCUCACCUGCGUGUUGCUGCUGCUGGUCUUGGUGCUGCUGCUCGCCGCGUACUCGCGCCGCCGCGACAAGGACCACGCGGCCAAGGAGCUGCUGUUCGAGUCGGAGGAGGACGUACGCGACAACAUCCUGCGCUACGACGAGGAGGGCGGCGGCGAGGAGGACCAGGACUACGACCUGAGCCAGCUGCAGCGCCCGGGAGACUCUCCCCUGCGCCGGCCGGAGUGCGCCGGCCGUGGCGGCGGCGGCGGCGGCGAUGCCGGCACGGCCCUCCGGCGCCUGGACGAGAGGCCCACGGCCAGCCCGGGCCCUCGCUACCCGAGCCGGGCAGCGGGGCCCCCGCAGCACCCCUCCGACAUGAUGGACUUCAUCGGGGAGAGCCUCCGCGCGGCCGACCAAGACCCGACGGCGCCCCCGUACGACUCGCUGCUCAUGUUCGACUACGAGGGCAGCGGCUCGACGGCGGGCUCCCUCAGCUCCCUCGAGUCCUCGUGCUGCUGCGGGGGCACCGAGGGCCCCUCCGGGGGAGACCCCGACCACGACUACGCCUACCUGCGCGAGUGGGGGCCCCGCUUCCGCCGCCUCGCCGACAUGUACGGCUCUCACGAGUAGCGGCGGGCGGGGACGACCCCUCGCCUCGUGCCAAGUCUCCAGUGCCAAGUCUCGUCCCCUACAUCCCAUCGUGCCCUCCUCCUCUGCCCCCCACCCAUCCCUACCUACUCAGCCCUUUUUCCGAACGGGCUUCAUUUUCACCGAUGAUUUUCCGCGUCGCUACCUAGAGUGGGGUCGGUGGCGCGUGGCCCUGGCCAGCCACAGCCACCUGCAAAAGGGGAGGUAUCCUGGAUGCGGCGGGUCAGUCGUGGAUACGUUUAAGUCCUGGGGGCCACAACACCGGAGUACCCACCCCCCGCGGCGGGGCGAGGAGAGGCCACCCGCUCCACCAGAGCUCUCGGGAAGAAGCCCCGCGGGCGUUGAGGCUUGGCGCUUGACGCCCGCGCGGCUGGGCGCCGUCGGCCGCGGCCUCGUGAAGAUCCCGGGGUCUCCGACGCGGGGAGCCCCUGCGAUCACGGGAAGAAGCCGCCGAGUAGCACGGGGCCGCUGCCCACGAUGGAAACCACUCGUGGACGAGCCCCCCCCCCCCCCUCAGCCGGCGGGGGGGCGGGGGGUCCCGUGGGCCGUGAGUCCAGCCGCGAGCUGGGGCAGCGUUGGGCACGCCGCGUGAUGGCGGAGCGACCGCGUGGAGUUGGAGGUCUCAGUCCUCUCCCCGCACGCCGCGGCCCUCGCCGAGUCUCCACACGGGAGCUCUCGUUUCUCGCCCGUCACCGAGAGGUGGUGGCCGUGGUGGUCGUGCUUGGCGUUUUUAACCAUUGUGCUGGUGGCGGUGGCCCGGUGAGAUGUCGCCUGCCGUGUUUGCCCCAGGGGCUGGCUGCACGAAACACCUUUGGCCAGGUUCGUUCACAAGUUGGCGCGGCAGUUGCAUCGUGCAAACAUCCCCAUGUUCUCCUGAUUGCAAGACGCAAUUGAUCCCUACCCUCGAUUCUACAGCAAACCUUGCGGGUGGUAGGGCGGUGUCUUUUAAGUCUGGCAGUUGCGUGAGCGUGACCAGAUAUGCAUAACACAAGGCACAAGUUAGGGGUGCGUCUUACUUUCAAGAGCAUCUUAUAAUCUGGAGAAUGUGAUAUUUGUCUUAAGUCUGAUGAUAAUAAUAAUAAUACCAACGUGAUUUCUUUACCGCUCCAUUUUUGUGUUCGCGUCCUUUCUCUGUACGUGGCGGCGUUGUUCCUCCUCCUCCUCGCGAUGAAGGAUAAAUUGUCGUGACACGAUUGUCGCUUCGAUGAACGCCGCGGCGUCCAAUGCUGUAAAUAUACGUUUGAAAAAAAAAGUGUUCGCAUCUCAACGAAACGGCCAAAACGCAUCGCAUGGCCUUGCCGUUUGCCCCCCCCCCCCCCCCCCCAUUGGCGGCUGUGGGGAUUUUGGCGCAAUGACCCCUUCCCUCGUCGGGCAGGAUUCCCCUUUGCCGUGCGAGGUCUCACUCAAAGGAGAGGAGCGCUGGCUUAGUCAACGGAGGGCAAGUGCAAAAAAAAACGUAAUUGUUGUACUGUACUACGCCCAACCGUCUAUGCGCUCCACCUUCAACUGUUGUACGAUCUAAGACCCCCCCACCACCACCACCCGCAUGGCGUAGGGGGAGGUUCUCAUCCAGCAGUGGAUUGACCAAAGGGCUCGCCGUGUAGGCGUACUGUGCGAGGGAAAGGACCGCGAGGGGUGUUCGUGAGACCGUCUGCCUGGGCUCUGGGGGGGCUCCCCACGCUUGCUCGCCGCCAGGCAAACACGUGGCGGUGGUGGUGGCGCGGCCACCCUCUCGCUCGCCCACGUGGGGCGGUUUUUGUUGUUCAGGUGGUACCGCGCAAUGCUCGGCACCAUUGACGUUUCUCUCCACGUGCUGGGAGGUUCUUCAGGAACUGCACGCGUUGAGCGAAACAUCGGACAACCGUGCCAAGCAUCGCGCGGCACGAGCCGGAAACGCGGCGGAGAGCCAUACGGUAGCACAACCGCGAAAGCCAGGCGCGAUCCCCCUCUCACCCACGUUGACCAUGAACUUUGCAAAUCGCCCAGGUACGAGACACCGAAUGAUGUGUACAGCACCGCAGGCCCACUGGCGUGGCAACCAUUGCACUGCCAGUGACAGCAUCAUGCCAUUUACUUACCCCGGAGAUUCUCGCUGAGUCUCAAAACUAGUUUUUUUCAGGAGAGCCCUGCAGUAUUUGCAUGAUUGGCCAAAUCCAUUAUUACAUUUUGGCUUCGUUUCAGAGAAAACUGUAGUAAACAAAAACAACCCCAACUCGCAUACGAUGGGGGGGGGGGGGGGUGCACCUGGCACUGCCAUCUCCUGGCCACUCCUCGCAGCCCCAUGCCUACAACGCCUGGCAAGCCCUGGUGCUCACCCAUCAAGGAACUAAGCAGGCCCAACCCCGAUUAGCGUCUGAGAUCCGACGAAUUCUGGCGCGUGUAUCGGUGAUAGGGCCAUGUGGCACGUAGCUGCGCCUUUGCGCAAACCUAGUUCAAUAAACCUGUGACCUUAGAACCGUUGCUGAGAUUUGCGGCCAAUUAGGCCAAUUAGAUUAAUUGAACCCGCUUGGCCGUAAGCCAGCACAGCACGCUGUCGGGAGGUUAGGGGCCCAGAGGUCGGCUAUAUAAAACCACUUAACUAUAAUAUUCCCCUAGCCGCUUCUUUAAAUUCGUGUUAAUUAGGAGGGGGGGGGGGAUCUCGCGAAAGGUGUUUUAUGCACGUGGCGGCAGACGGACCCUGGUGGGAACGGGGACUGCCCCUGACCACGCCACAGUCGGAUCCCGGGGAGAGGAAGAGGUGGCGAGGGGGGUUGGGUCUCCCAUGCCAAGCAAUGCCACGUGCCAGAUCGGCUUUACUGUUACACUUCUCAAACCCCGGAGCAAGUACCCGUCUCCCCCCCCCCCUCUCUCUUCGCUCUGUCUCUCCGUGCCCUGUCCCCCGCUAGCUUUGGAGGAGAGACGCUUGCAGCGCAUUUUCGCCCCCCCCCACUCCUCUCGAGUGUUGAUGUCACGGGGUCGGCGGCGGGUGGUGGUGGUGGUGGGGGAGCGACGCACGGGGUCGCCCCCCCCCCCCCCCAGUGUGAUGCAUGCUUCAAGGAUGCUGCCGUGCGCGCGCGCGUGCGCGUGCCUGCGCCUACCUCCGCGGCCUCCUCUCAGUUCUGUCUGUGUGUGUGCGUCUCGUCCACUUUUUAAAGCCCGGCUUUUUGUAAAGCGUGCGCCCGUGUGUGUGGAUAAGGGGAACGCAGCCCCCGCUGCCGUGCGUUUUGUACUCGCGGGGCGCCACGCGGCGCCGCUGCCGCCGCCGUUGCUGCAUCCGCGGAGAAGCGGAGUCAUCCACCAGAGUCCACCACGACCGCGCCAUCAGUCGCGCAACCUUGGCUGCAUGCAACUGUGGCUCGUCUCUGCAACCAACCGCGAGCAACUGCCACAGCCGCUUGCGUGCGCGCAGUAGGGACGGGGAGACUCUGCUUUCAAGCAACUCAAUACAUUGGUCAAUAACAGCUGGUGCUUUCAAAUACAAAUUUACGACAGAAGGUCCAUUACCCGAAACGUCGUCUAUUAUAUUAUCUUACGUUUAAGGCCACAGUGUUAUUGAGAAACGUGUUGAGUUUGUUGCUGUUGUUAAUUGUGCUUGUGCACCGCUGCCAACGCAGCAGUAACGGCGUGUCGCCAAAUAAUUGGGCCACUUUCAAGUUUCGAGUGACCCUGCUCGGGCGAUUCGGUUGCCCAACUGGCGGGGCCGAGGUGUGGUGGUGGAGCCGGCGCGAGAGGUUCUCGUCGUGUCGUCGUGUCGUGCUGUCGAGCGUCCCACGUGGACGCGCCGUUCUCGCCGUCUUGUCGCGUCCCCACUCGGGGGGGGGGGGGGGUCACGCACGUCCAGUCGUCGCGUGCCCCGUGUUUUAGCAGCGCCGAGUUAAAGUGUUCAACACAAAGCCACGGCGUGUCCUCGAAAUAACAAAAAGCCAAAGUGAUGUUCAGCUCACAUGAUCAUUGGGGCGCCCACCUGCUAUUUUACAGCCCUGAGCCAGUGGUAGAAAUUCCUCGUUCCUAUGGCGGGUUUGAGUUUAUCCAUAGGACAACCACUGUUCGUUUCCCUACAAAGCAAUACUAAUUUUAGUGACCUCGGAGGGAUGGUUGAUUGAACGAAUCCAUUCCCCCCAACCGUGAUUUGACCUCACAACCUUAAGAUUAGUGAGCAGCUGGCUCCACCGCUUGGCCACCGAACCUGGGAGUAGCGUGGGCGGAUAUACCUUGUCCCGCACAUAGCAGGGAUUUUUUUUAACAUCCCUAAUACUUGAACACAAGAUUGGAGGGAUAUUGAAAAUCGCACUCCCGAAGCUCAGUCAAGCCAUCGUGCAAAGCCACGAUGCUAACCGCGUCGCCAGCCGCGUCUCUCCGCUGCUCAGGAACGACACAAGGCAGGCACUCUCAGUGUGGGUUUCUACUGAAACACUAUCUACUGCAUAAUAUUGGAUUGUGCGUGACAGAACUGGCUUAUGAUUUCCCAUGGUUUCAGUGGCGUAGUAUUGAGCAUAAGGCCACAAUAACUUCCAUAGCCUGCACGGUAUGGGGUGGCCCUCAUUCAGCAGUGUAUUCAUAUAUACACCACAGAAUCACAUCAUGCUAUUUAGGAACAAGUGUGGUAGGCUGGCUGGCGCGCGGGCGGACAUGUGAUCCGUGUUGACGUCAUACGCACAUCUGCGCGAUGACGUCACAUGCAUCCCACCGCAUUGAUCCGGGUUCGUACGUGCCGACGUUUCGCCUCCCCACACCCCACCCUCCACCCCGACUCUGUAUCCCGCGCAAAUACGCGGGCAGUACUGUACUAGUAAAAAAAGUGAAUUCGCAUUGCAAGCUGUGAAUAGGAUGCAUGUGGUCUUCAUGUACCCCAUCACCGAAUCAUCUCCGGUAUUUCGAGGACAUGCUGUACUACCUCCCGAUGUGUUUAUUUUUUCUUUGUACUCCGUUCAGCUGCGAGAUUUUGCGCGUUCACAGGGGCUGGGACACGAGGCAACAAGUGCUGUCGAUUGCAUCGUGCCGACGACUCCUCAUCUGUGAUCCGGCCUCCUGUGCUUUACUCGCUGCGGAGUGACGACGGCUUCUGUUUUUUACUCAAAUAAAUCUGUGUCUCACUUUUG